UCUAAUAUGUCCAUCUUUAGAAGGGACUUGAAGACGGUAGAUCCCAAAUCGAUUUGUCACGAUGAAUCUUUUGAGCUCCUUUUUUGGGACAGGAAUCUUCGGGAUUCGAAGAGAAAAAGAGAGUAGAAAAAUGCCAACAAUCACUACUCUUUUCUUCUUUCUUUUAGGUCUUUCUUCAAGUUUUUCUGUCUGCUUUUCAACCAACAUUCUUUCUUUGGGCAAGAAAAACUCGGAUCGCCUCCUCUCCUCCGCCGUCUUUCCCCUCAAAGGAAACGUUUAUCCACUUGGUUAUUACUCUGUGUCUAUUCAUAUCGGCGAAGGAGAUGAGGCUUUUGAAUUUGAUAUCGACUCUGGCAGUGACCUCACUUGGGUUCAAUGUGAUGCCCCUUGUACAGGCUGCACAAAGCCUCGUGAACGGUUAUAUAAACCCAACAACAAUGCUUUGAACUGUUUUGAACCACUGUGUACAUCACUCCACCCGAUAACCAACGACCAAUGCGAGUCCGCUGAUGACCAAUGUCAGUAUGAAAUUGAGUAUGCUGACCAUGGAUCUUCUCUGGGUGUGUUGGUCAAUGACCAUGUUCCCUUGAAACUCACUAAUGGUUCUACUGCUGCUCCUCGUGUAGCGUUUGGAUGUGGAUAUGAUUAUAAAUAUUCUGUUCCACACUCACCUCCUCCUACAGCUGGAGUUCUUGGCCUUGGCAAUGGUGAAGUUAGCAUUAUCUCGCAACUAAGUAACAUGGGUGUAGUGCGAAACGUUGUAGGUCACUGUCUUAGUGAAGAAGGUGGAUUUUUAUUUUUUGGUGAUGAACUUGUCCCUUCUUCGGGAGUAGCGUGGACAAGUAUGUCACAUGAAUCCAUAGGAAGUUACUACUCUUCCGGACCUGCUGAAGUCCAUUACGGUGGAAAGGCUACCGGUAUCAAGGAUCUUAUCUUAGUUUUUGAUAGUGGGAGUUCUUACACUUACUUCAAUUCUCAAGCUUACAACUCCAUUCUUGCUCUGGUAAGGAAUGAUUUGAAAGGAAAACCACUGGAAGAUGCACCGGAGGAUAAAUCUCUUCCAAUAUGCUGGAAAGGCAAGCGUCCUUUCAAGUCGUUGCGCGAUGUUAAGAAAUACUUCAAGCCCUUGGCGUUAUGCUUUACAAAAACUAAGAAUGCUCAACUUCAACUGCCUCUAGAAACUUAUCUCAUCAUAACCAAAUAUGGCAAUGUUUGCUUUGGAAUUCUGAAUGGAACUGAAGUAGGACUGGGGGAUCUAAACAUAAUUGGUGACAUCUCUCUAAAAGACAAAAUGGUGAUCUACGAUAAUGAAAGGCGACGAAUCGGAUGGUUUCCUACCAAUUGCAACAAAUUUAAAAAGGAAGGUCAAAGUUUUUGUCAACCAGAUGGUCUGUUUAGCAUCCUAACAGAGAAUUAUCAAGGUUACAUCCCCAAGAUCUUUUAGGGAUAUGCUUAUAAUAUAAGGGCAAAAUAGAUUGAAAUCUCCAGAAACUUGGACCAAAAAUUUUGUAUUUUCCAAUGUAAGUGUGCUGAGUAUAUGUUUCCUUUUUGGAUUAUAAUAGGUUGAUGAAGCCAAUAGGCUAGUUUUAGAAUAUACAUGAGAUCAUGAAAGAAAAUCCUGUAUGAUGCUAUGUAGUAUAGAAAAUUUCUCUGUAUCUGGAUAAUUAUAUCCAUGAUAUAAUAUCU